UAGAGAUUUUGUGCCACGGCCACGGUCGCAUCUCACAACGUAUACACAACGUUUACACCACAGUGAACAUGCCACACACAGUCUAGCCAAGGUGUACAUUGAUACUCACUGUAGGACAGUAUAAAACCGAACUAAGUUUAAUCAUGAUCAUCUUUUCACCGCAUUCAGCAGAUCAUCUAUUUUACAAUUGACUUUCUCCUUAUGUUCAAUUUCUUAAAUUGUAAUAUUGAUUUGCCACUCGUGUUAGAAUUGUUAAAACUAAACAUCCCACCAAGACGUUUGAGAUACUGUCCACUUUUUUACAUCAUCGAACUUGAUAUGAUUUAAAUUUCUAUAUGGACAAAUUGUGUCUAACAUUCUCGCUAACUUAUUCUCUGAUUCUGUAGACUUUUUCACAGUAAUUUGACAUUUAAAUAUUUAAUAUUGCAUAUGAUUUCUGAGCUACUUGUUUUCAUCAUAUCACACACACAUAUCAUUAUUAUUUACAUAUUAAUCAUUUUAUGAUUUUUUUUCACUGUCUUGAUAUUAAUUAAUUCAUCAUGUACAUUAAAGGAUACUUCCUGUUGAUACAUUUUAUUAUUAUUAUUGAAACUAUUGGAAGUGUUCUAUGCUAAGAUUGGAUGAUUUCUCUGGAUCUGAAAGAACAAUCCGCUCUUAAGUCAGAAAAUGUCCAAUGUUUGCAACGGUUGCAAAAUAGACAUUCUGCUGAACAUGGCCAUUAUCAGAACUGUGUCACUGCCUUUGAUUCGCUUACAAGAUGGAUUGUACACUAUUGUUUUGCAGAUUAAUGAUAUAUCACCGAUAGUAGCUAAGCCACAAGGACCUCAACCUCGGAAGUCUAUAAGACCAAUUCCUGAGGUAAAUCUUCGUUUGAGUAAUAAUUCAGAAAAAUUACCCGUGUGCAAGGAUAUGUCCCGACAGCAGCAACGACGGAAGAAAGCCAAUUCGUAUAAAAAUAAUAUAUCAUCUGAUAAUAGCUGUGACCAUGAUAAACAGAUGACAAAUGAUUCUGAUAAGUUAGACGAGGAAUCAGAUAAGGAGCAAUCGGACCAUUCAGUCUCAAAAUCUCCAAGUCGUUCUAGAGCAACCUCUCCGAAUCGCUCUAGAACUAAGUCUCCAGAAAGAACUAAGUCUCCAGAAAAACCAAAUAAAUCUUCGGAGGAACCUGAUGUUAAACAAGAUGCAAAUAACUCCUCACAAUUUUAUGUCGUGGUGAUACUACUAGUACUAGUCGCUGUAUUUAUAACUCAAUUGUACAGUAAUGCAAAUGUAAACCAAAAAGAAUCCAUAAGCGACAGGAGGUUGUCACCUAAAUCCAUUGAGGAUGUCAAAGCUAAAUUUUACAAUCAAGAUUCGGAUAUCUGGAAUGAUAUUUCAUCCGGAAUAAAUGAAGUUAAGAUAAGAACUCUCAAGGCACCCUCGAUCAUUCUAUUAUUUGCGAAUGAAACAUACACAAUGGACUGUUUAGCCUCAGCAUUAGCACAUUUGAGCAGUAAUGUUCUAGGCGGUGACAGUCCUCUGAAUUUAAAUCCGAAAGAUUUCGGAGAUGAUCCCGGGGAGAUUAUCGAAUUGAUGAGAAGUAUUUCAGGAAGGAGAAAGUCUGUGAUAAUCCGAGAUGUUUUAAACAUUAAUGCAGAAGCGAUCAAAGCCUUGCACAAUUUGUGCGAUAGGGUAAACCCCUUGAUUCGAGAAGUUGUUUACAUUAUCACGAUGCAAACGAAGAAUUACGUAUCGUCGCAAAAGAAGAUGGAAUUUGUGGAGGAACACUUAUAUCAUAAACUGUCGGAAAGUAUCGACGAGGAUAUCCUGAUGGCGCUCGUAACACGAAUUACAGACGGAGCAAUUAUAUUGGUUCGACCUGAACCAAAACUACGGUAUUGUUCAUUUAUCUAACGCUCGUUUCCUACCAUCAUGCUUGAAAUUUAAUCGACAACGAUCAACUCAACGGAAUUGACCAAUCGAUCACUUAUCAGUCCAGUCAAUCGAUCAAUGCGAUUAGAUUUAAACCAUGAUAGUCAAAAUAGGCAUAAACCAUUAGAGGGGAGGAAGGGGGGUUGCAUUGCUCUGUCUAUAUAUGUAUAUAAUGAUACGAUAAAUAAUUCUAUGUAUUUCGUAAAUGAGAAAUCGAACAAAAAAAAUUUCUUAUAUGUAAAAAAUAAGCUUUCUCUCUGGGCAUAUGAUCGCUCAAAUUUCUUACUUAAAUUUAUUUCGACGUACAUACUGCAACAAUUAAUUAUCAAUGAUUUUUCAUUUUUGUAGUCACAAAGUAAUUAAUCGAUUGAUUAAUCUUUUGUAUCUACGUCAAUAAUGAUAAUUAUCGCUUGUCUUUGCACAUAAAUUCAGGGAAAUGUAAAUCUAAAUCUUUCAGUUUCACUUUAUUUUGUUAUGCCAAUAUUACACGAGAUUAAAUUUAUCUUUAGUGAGUCUUCCUAUAUAAUCACAAUUUCAUACUUCUAUGUAUUUUCAAAAAAUAUAACGACAUUGCUGUAUCUAGCGAUUCCACGCAUAUUUUCGAGAAUGACAUUUAUUUAGCUUCAAAAUAAAAUACAAUCAAUAGGAUUUCAUUAUAUGUGAUAUUGGAUUCUCGUGUUAAAUGUGUCAGUCAGCAGUCCGUACAGUAAUUAAUUAAAUAAUGUCAAGUAUCGUAUUUUGCUCAUUGCCAAUUUACAAGAUCUUUCAUCGCAAUUCCCCUAAUCUUUCACCCCUAAUUCUGUUAAAAUUAUUCCGGACAUUCGCAAAAAGAGUUGCAGAAUGUUAUUGUUAACUCGAAUCAGUAAAAUUAUAUACAUUAUAAUAAAGUAACGAAGACUCAGUUUCACUAAUACUCUGUACUAACUAUACUUUAUAUAUAAUAAAUGAUAUAUCGUAAAACAGGUAUUCAUUGGAAAAUUCCUAUUGCAUCAACUUGUUCAUUUUGAAUACCUAAAUACCAAAAUAUAUACAUAUAUUUAAACAAAUUAUUUGCAUAUAUUAUAUAAUUUCAUACAAAUUUCACGUAAUUCGUAUUGCAGAUUGCUUCUCUUCUGAUAUGCGUUCGUUACCUCUCUCUUUAUCCUCUUGUACUAUGUAAAAUUUUAUAAAUAUAGCAACUUUUCGUUAAA